CGUCCAUUCCGAAUGUGAUCCAAAUCCAAAAUCUCCGUAAGAGAUUCAGAAAAAGUUGUAAUUUAUCUCUGUUUGUUUUCUCCUUUUGUAGAUUCGAAAUCAUUCAAAUUUCAAAGCCUGCAAUUCUUCGUUUUGUUCGUUUGUCAAUGAUCGGUAGAUCCGAUGUGUCAUCUCGCCGGAUUUUAACUCUUCCGGCGGUUCGUCCCUGCGAAGCCGUUUCCCCGGCGACUCUCCUCGAUUCUUUGAUCGUCUUAUCAUCGAAUAUAUGCGAUUACAAAUCGAGUCUGUUCGUCACCAAUGCUCAAAACGCGCGACAAACGAUUCGAUUGGUCGCCGUUCUGUCCAUGUACCUUCGAGAAGUCGAAGAAACCGAGUCGAAUCUGGAUGAUUCCAUUGUUCUAAGCUUGUCGGAGCUUCAUUUCAUCUUGCAGAAGCUUCGGUUCCUGUUGGAAGAUUGCUCGCGCGACGCCGCGAGGAUGUGGAUGCUGCUGAAAUGCGAGCGGGUGGCGAGCCUGUUUCACGUGCUGCUGCGAACCGUGGCGACGGCUCUCGAUGUUUUUCCUAUGAAAUCCAUUCAAGUUUCGAUGGAAGCUAGGGAAUCGGUUCAGAUGGCGAUGAAACAGGCCCGGAAAUCAGGUUUUGAGGUCAAUCCAGUUGACAGAUUGGCUUUUCAAGAUGUGAUUUCGAUUUUGAGCCAAUUUGAGAACGGGAUUGAGCCUGAACGGAGUCAUCUGACGCGUGUUCUUGAUCAUUUGGGCAUUCGAAGCUGGGGUGAAUGCAACAGAGAGAUCAAGUUCUUGGACUCUGAAUUAGGGUUCGAAUACUUGAGCUUGGAGAAGAAAGAUUUGGCUCUUUUGAGUAGUCUAAUUGGGUUCUUGAGCUACUGUCGUGGUGUGGUUUUUGAUGCUGUGGACAAUAUAGCCAGUCAUAGAUCCAAUAGCAGAUCUGGCAGUGAAGUGAUUAGGCACCUGAAUGCUGAUGAUUUUCGGUGCCCAAUCUCUCUUGAGAUCAUGAAUGAUCCGGUAACCCUAGAGACCGGACACACUUAUGAUCGUUCUUCAAUUCUGAAGUGGUUCAGAGCUGGAAAUCCCACCUGUCCCAAGACAGGUGAGAAGCUCAAGAGCACAGAUCUGGUCCCAAAUUUGGCUGUGAAGCAGCUAAUUUUGCAGUACUGUUCUGAAAAUGGCAUUCCAGUUACUGAGUCUGGUUCUAAGAAUAAGGACAUCACGAGGACAGUGGAUGCAGGCAGUAAAGCUGCUGGUGAGGCCAUCAAAUUGCUGACCAAUUUUCUUGGUAGCAGGCUUGAGAGUGGGAGUGGCCAAGAGAGGAGCAAAGCUGCUUUUGAAAUUCGGCUUCUGGCCAAAUCAAGCAUUUUUAACAGGUCUUGUUUGGUGGAAACUGGUACAAUUCCUCAUCUCUUGAAUCUGUUGCAUUCAAGAGAUUCAUUAAUGCAAGAGAAUGCAAUUGCAGCAUUGCUAAACCUUUCCAAGCAUUCGAAAAGCAAAAAUAUUGUAGUUGAGAAUGGGGGUGUGGAAUCAAUCCUGAAGGUUAUAAGGGAUGGACUCAAGAUCGAAGCUCGACAGCACGCUGCAGGUGUGCUGUUUUAUCUGGCUUCGGUGGAGGAGUACCGGGUUUUGAUAGGGGAAACUCCGGGGGCUAUUCCAGCUCUGAUGGAUCUGCUCAGGGAUGGCACUGAUAGGGGCAAAAAGAAUGCAUUGGUUGCAAUUUUUGGGCUCAUAACGUACCCUGGCAACCACUGGAGAGUUCUUUCAGCUGGAUUAGUCCCCUUGCUGGCUGAUCUUUUGACAUCUUCUGAUAGGGAAGAUCUCAUCACCGAUUCUCUAGCUGUUUUAGCAACUAUAGCUGAGAAACAUGAUGGAACAAGCACAAUUCUAAGAGCUGGGGCUUUGCCUAAGAUUGUGAAGAUUCUCAAUUCCACAAAUUCAAGGGCAGGAAGGGAGUACUGUGUCUCAUUACUGCUGGCUUUGUGCAUAAAUGGUGGGGAUGAAGUGGUUCGUGUUUUAGUAAAGAACCCUUGUCUCAUGCCUCUGUUGUAUGCCCUCGUCACCGAAGGCACAACUCGCGCCAGCAAGAAGGCCAGUUCACUCAUUAGACUUCUGCAUGAAUUCCACGAGAGAACCUCCUCCAGCUUGAUGAUUCCAAAUUUUCCACGGGAACGCCCUGUCCAUGUGUGGUAGCAUACGGUUCUUCUUACCAUCAGUUUCUUGUAAGCAUCCAUGUGAAGACACAAUUUCUGCAGUAUCCUGUUUCUCUUUUUGAUUUGUGAUGACGAAAUUAGCUCGGUUUUUUCAAGAAGCUAAUUACCUGUGCAGCUUCUGCUUUUUGAUGAAGCUUUGUACAAAAAUUACAGUUGUAUUAUGAUUCUUUUGUUCUCAAUGCAAUAACAAUAAGAGUGAGAUAUAGUGUAAAAGUUCCAUUGU